AUGGACAACGCAAUCGGGCAGCCCCCGGCGCGUCUGGAUGCCGCUGGCUUCUGGCAGGUCUGGCAACACUUCGACAGGGAAGAAAAAGGUUACAUAAGGAAGACAGAGCUGGAUGCCUUCUUCGACCAUUUGCUGGCAAAAUCUGGCACGGAGGAUGCGCUGAUGCAAGAAAAUGUGCAGAAAGUGAAGCAACAGUUAACAGCCACCCACGGUGUCUCUAAAGAAGGUCGCAUACUGAUGAAAGAGCUGGCCAGUAUGUUCCUAUCCGAGGAUGAAAAUUUCCUCCUGUUCUUUCGCCUGGAAACUCCCUUGGAUAACAGCGUGGAGUUCAUGCAGAUUUGGCGCAAAUACGAUGCGGACAGCAGUGGCUUCAUAUCAGCUGCUGAACUUUGCAACUUUCUCCGAGACCUUUUCCUCCACCACAAAAAGGCUGUUUCUGAGGCUGAACUGGAGGAGUACACCAGCACCAUGAUGAAGAUCUUUGACAAAAACAAAGAUGGCCGUUUGGAUCUUAACGACUUGGCGAGGAUUCUGGCUCUUCAGGAGAACUUCCUUCUCCAAUUUAAAAUGGAUGCAUCGUCUACUGAAGAGAGGAAGAGGGACUUUGAGAAAAUCUUUGCCCAUUAUGAUGUUAGCAAAACUGGGGCCCUGGAAGGCCCCGAAGUGGAUGGAUUUGUCAAAGACAUGAUGGAGCUGGUCCAGCCCAGCAUCAGCGGUGUGGAUCUGGAUAAGUUCCGGGAGAUUCUGCUUCGCCAUUGUGAUGUCAACAAGGAUGGAAAGAUCCAGAAGUCUGAGCUGGCACUGUGUCUCGGGCUGAAAAUAAACCCCUGAUCCCUGACUGCUCUGCUCUCUGCUUAUGUGUGUGGGCUCUUGUGAGAAGUGUGCGCUUGGCUCACACUUAGACCUAGUCAGCAAACCUUUUCAUUGACGCUGCGGUACUCUUGGGCAGAGGGGGGACCCUUGGGUGUUGUUUCCAGAGGCAGCCAUGAUUCAGUCCCAUAGCAAGCCCCCAUGCAGCCUCUUCUGUCUUCCCUCCUUGACCUGUCUCCUCCAGAGCCUCAGUUUACUUGCUGAUCGACUCUGUUCAACCUUCCCCUUCACCUGGUGGAUAGGGGUAGCCCAACCAACCACCUUUUGU